ACCUAUAAAAAUGAUUUUACUUAUUAACAUUUGUAUCGGAAUCGGCCUACUGCCAUUAAGUCAUUCAGCAAUGAGUGAGUGUCCUACAUAUAACGUACCAUUGAUGCGAUCUGAACUGGAAGCAGCUAGUGAAAUAUCUUUGAUGUUUUACUACGUGUCUUGGUCGAGCGAUGCCAGACAGGCCCGUUUGGUUUACGAUGGCGUAGCGCACUAUUACAAGGAUUACGCCUCGUUUGGCGUCGUGGAUUGUUGGCAUCUACAAUGCAACUGCAGCCGCACUCAUCGACAGCUCCCCGGCAUGGCAAUUAACGGCGGCUAUCCAGACAAGUGGCCCACGUUAAUGGUGAACUAUGGGCGGAAAUUGAAACUGCAAUAUCAGGGCGCGUGGCAUUUCGAAGAUCUGACAAGAUUCAUGAAUAAUCUUAUACAGCCUAUCGAUCGCGUACACACCACCUCAGAGUUGGGCGCGCUAUGGAGGAUAUCAGAUGCCGUUGUGCUAGCUUUGCUGGAAUCUGCUAAUAGUCAAGCAUAUAGGCGCUUUUUGGCGACCGCGAUACAUUGGUUGGAGUUCGAUCCGGAGCGUAACGUACGUUUUGCAGUUACGUUUGGCCAACGAGCGAAGGAAAUGCUAAAGGUGGAACAGAUAUUACUGCCACAACUAGUGCUCAUAGAUAACCGGCAUGGUUUGCACAGCUAUAAUAAAUCGAAUAUUUGGCUGCCAAUGGAGAUCUUGCAUUGGAUACGACCCAAGGUUAAUCCUCUCCAAACCGCUGGCUAUGGAACACCCGCAAAGAUUGCGAUUAAGGCCCGUCACAUGCCCGUGCUCGCCAUGAGCAUACGAAUGCACCAUCAGCACACUGCCAUGCCCUUAGUAAUGGGCGAGGACGCGCUUCGUGGAGAAAAUAUUGACUGCGAGAAAUACUCGCAAGAGGAUGCUCUCGACGACCUUGAGACACGUUACAGGUCGUUGAUGCAAAUGCCGUUACAUAUGUAUGAAGGUGCAAAUACGUCGAAUCAGUUAACUAAGAAUUGCUAUCAAGCACUUCAGCUUUCUGAAGCUACACUGGCGAACUACUAUUCCAUCAAUGUGUAUCUAAAUUAUCUGUGGUCUCAUCACUCUCACGAAAACGAAUUGGAGUCAAAAACUCGUCAGCUCUUAGCACUGCACACACGCAAUCGGUGCUUAGCACAUACCCAUUCACAGCAGGGCACGCCAGCUUUAAAGAUUGGCAUAGCCAAGGUGGUUGCGAAAUAUAGUCUGUUGAUGUGGCAGCAUUCACCGGAACAGCUAUCGCAGAAUCGUUCUCUGGCCGUGGUGCUCUUUGAUGGCACCAAAUAUCGCGAUUUUCUGCAACAACUUGGCGUAGAUCAAAUUUAUCCCAAUGGCAAUCAUAGAAGAGACAGUUCAGCAGUACAAGUUUUCAUUGUGGAUGCAGCAGCUGAAGCAUUGUAUGUCAUGCCACAGCAUCAGCCGUUCUCUUACCAGGCACUGACUGAAUUCAUUAAGCAGUUCUAUGCCCGACAGCUCCCGCGCAUACAAAGGAACUACGUACCAAAAACUGUCACAUCCCGGGAUGCAUCAUAUAUACAGACUUACAAUCGCCAAUUGUUGCUGCAGGCAUUGCAACGCGCUAAUGCAACCAAUGUCGUACUCAUUCACCGUCCGGAUUGUGCACUUUCCGCCGUUAUGUCGCAAGAACUAAUGCAAGUUGCAGCAAUGUUACGGAGUCCGGAAGUGAAUUUUAUACGCUUUAAUAGCCAGGCAAACGAUUUGCCUUGGGAGCUAACGAUGUCAGUGACCCCGGCGCUGCUCGUGUUUCCCCAAUCACGUCCCACAGAGUCUGCGAUAUUUCCCACUGAUGUGAGAGUAGACACGGCCAACAUAAUGUCUUUUAUACUGGCACAACUUGAACCAGAACAGCAGUUACGCUUAGUGUUAGCUAGCUGUCGCAGACGCAUGCGACAUGCGCGGAGUUGUUUGGACUUCGCCGGGAAGCUCGUGCUCCAGCACGUCAGCCAAUAUUUGAGAUAUUGGGAAAUAUUUGUGACGGAGCGAGAUCUGAUCUUAUCACAUCUCAAACAGUUUAAUGAUAUGCACAUAGCCAUCGAAAGUAGUAUAAGGUUAUAGUAUUUUAAUUUAUCUCAAAGUGCUAUAAUCUAACUAAUUAAGAAUAUAAAUAAUUAUUGUGUAAGUUUAGUGCGGAGC